UGAAAAUGUAAAACUUAUAGUCAAAUAUAAUAAAAUCGUUGAAAAUAUUUAAUAAAAAAAUUAGUUUUUUAUCAGUGACAAAGAUUGUUUUAGAACAGUUUCUAAGAUGAACAAUUUUAUCAAAUUAUAGGAAUAUGGAAAGCAUGAGGAUAAAGCUUUGAUUUAUUUUUAAUUAAAUGAACAAAAAUUGUAAUUUAACUUUAAAAUAAUCACACACUCUGUAGUUUUUUUCAUUCAUUUCCAUCCUUUUUUAUGGAGCUUUCUCCAGUCCCCAUGCAUUUGAUUGCCCCAUAAAUCAAGCAAAUGCAAUUUAUAGAAACCAGAACUUGUUUCUUUUCUGGGUUUUUCUCUUUUUCCCAUUUCUCCUUUGUUGUAGUUUGAUUGAGUUCUAAUGGGGGGUUGUAAAUGCUUGUGCUUUUAUCUUCUUGUGUUCUUGUUGUUCUGUGUAGCAGCUGCUUCCACUGAUCGUUACUCCGAAGCACUUUUAAGCUUGAAAUCUGAAUUUCUUGAUGAUUUUGGGAGUUUGAGUGAUUGGAUUGUGGAUUCUAGAGAAAACCCAUUUGGGAAAAUCCAUGGAUGUUCUUGGUCUGGAAUCAAAUGCGACAAGAAUUCUACCAUAGUUAUUGGAAUCGACCUUUCAAUGAAGAGGCUUGGUGGGGGGAUUUCUGGUGAGCAGUUUCAUGUUUUUAAAGAACUUGUUGAUCUUAACUUGAGUCACAAUUAUAUAUCUGGGAAACUUCCUGUUGGAAUCUUCAAUCUCACUAAUCUAAGAAGUUUGGAUAUUAGUAGAAACAAUUUUUCUGGUCAUUUCCCUCUUGGGAUUUCAAGUCUUCAAAACUUGGUUGUUCUCGAUGCUUUUAGCAAUAGUUUUGCUGGGUCAUUGCCUGUUGAUCUUUCUCAGCUUGAAAAUCUGAAGUUCCUUAACUUUGCUGGGAGUUACUUCAAGGGACCAAUCCCUUCAGAAUAUGGUUCUUUCAAAAAACUUGAGUUCAUUCAUCUUGCUGGGAAUUUUCUUAGUGGAAACUUACCUCCUGAAUUGGGUAAACUCAAAACUGUAACUCAUAUGGAGAUUGGUUACAAUAAUUUCCAGGGUAAUCUCCCAUGGGAAUUUGGUAACAUGAGUAACCUUCAAUAUCUUGAUAUUGCAAGUGCAAAUCUCUCUGGUUCAAUUCCUAAAGAAUUUGGAAAUCUCACAAAGCUCGAGUCUCUUUUCCUUUUCAGAAACCAACUAUCUGGGUUCUUACCUGAUGAACUAAGCAAAAUCAUCUCUCUUGUUAAUUUAGAUCUUUCUGAUAACCAUAUUUCUGGUCCUAUUCCAGAAAGCUUUUCUGAGUUGAAGAAUCUUAGAUUGUUGAGUGUUAUGUACAAUGAAAUGAGUGGUUCUGUUCCAAAAGGCAUUGGAGAGCUUCCUUCAUUGGAGACUCUUCUUAUAUGGAGCAAUCAGUUUUCUGGGUCACUCCCAAACAACUUAGGUAGCAACAAAAAACUCAAAUGGGUUGAUGUUUCCACAAACAAUUUUGUGGGUGUUAUCCCACCAGAUAUUUGCCAAGGAGGUUUACUUUUUAAGUUGAUCCUGUUUUCAAAUAAGUUUAGUGGUGGACUUUCCCCGUCUCUCACUAAUUGUUCUUCCCUCGUUCGAUUACGGUUAGAGGAUAAUGUGUUUUCUGGUGAUAUCUCUCUGAAUUUUAAUGAUCUUGCUCAUGUCUCAUACAUAGAUCUCUCUAGAAACAAUUUUAGUGGAGGAGUUCCUUUAGAUAUAAACAAAGCAUCCAACCUUCAAUACUUGAAUAUCUCUCAUAACCCACAACUAGGAGGUGUUUUUCCUGUAGAAACAUGGAUUUCACCUCUUCUUCAAAACUUUUCAGCCUCUGGUUGCGGUAUUAGAGGAAAUCUUCCCAAGUUUCAGGUCUGUAAAUCCAUUUCUACCAUUGAAUUGAAUAAUAACAAACUAUCAGGAAAGAUUCCAGAAAGUAUUGCAAAUUGCCAGGCUCUUGUAAGGAUGGAUUUGUCUUACAACAAUCUUUCAGGUCAUAUACCUGAAGAACUUGCUCACCUUCCUUCUAUCAACAUCCUUGAUCUAUCUCACAAUGAUUUCAAUGGAACGAUACCUGAUAAGUUCAAGGAUUCAUCGAGCUUGCUUUUACUAAAUGUGUCUUACAACGAUAUCUCUGGUUCGAUCCCGGAAAAAGAAGUGUUUCGAUCAAUGGGCAGGAGUGCAUUUACUGGAAAUUCAAAGCUAUGUGGAGCACCUUUGAGACCAUGUUCAGGUUCAUUGGCAAUGAUUGGAGGCAAAGGGAUGGGGAAGUUUAUACUCAUCCUGAUAUUGUGUGCAGGUCUUGCUAUAAUCACGGUGAUAUCACUUUUGUGGAUUUUCUUCGUCCGAAGAGGUAGCAAAGGUAAAUGGAAGAUGGUGUCGUUUACUGGACUUCCUCCAUUCACAGCUAAUGAUAUUCUCAGGAGUUUCGACUCUACGGAAUCUAAGGAAGCGAUAUUGCCAUUGUCUGCUUCGAUUUUCAAAGCAGUAUUGCCGACUGGAAUCACAGUGUCGAUAAAGAAGAUAGAUUGGGAAGCAAAAAGAAUGAAGACGAUAUCGGAAUUUAUAACUCAAUUAGGUAGUUUGAGGCACAAGAAUUUGGUCAGAUUGCUGGGGUUCUGCUACAACAAACAAAUGGUUUAUCUUUUGUAUGAUUACUUGCCCAAUGGAAAUCUAGCAGAGAAAAUUUCAACAAAAAGGGAAUGGCCAACUAAGCUCAAACUCAUUAUAGGCAUAGCAAGAGGAGUUCACUUUCUUCACCAUGAUUGUUCACCUGCAAUUCCCCAUGGAGACUUGAAGCCAAAUAACAUCAUUUUCGAUGAAAACAUGGAACCCCGUCUGGCUGAAUUCGGACUUCGAUUUCUACAACAACUAAACGAAGAUACUCUUCCCUUAUCGUCUACAACGAAAGGAGGAGAUAACUUCAAUAAUGCAACAGAGGAGGAGCUGUGGAUGGAUGUUCAUAGUUUUGGGGAGAUCAUCCUGGAAAUUAUAAGCAAUGGACGGUUAACGACGGCUGGAUCAAGCACACAAAACAAGGCAAGAGAUCUUCUAUUAAGAGAAAUAUGCAAAGAAAAUGGGACUAGCUCUCCCAAUUCAUCACAAGAGGAGAUAGAACAAGUUCUUGAUCUAGCUUUGUUAUGCACGAGGAGCAGGCCAUCCAACAGACCAUCCAUGGAAGAUAUCUUAAAGCUGUUAUCAGAUAUAAAACCAGAGGUAAAAAUCAUAAGACUUUGAAGAAGAAAGUUGUUUGUAGUUUUGGUUUCAACAUCAUUUUUACCCCCAAAAAGAAAAAUGGAACAAUGUAGAUUGUAAGAUUGUAAGUUUGUAAGUAGUAAUUUUAUACAAUUUUCUGUGCAAUAUUAUAUUGUUUCCACUUUUUUGGUGUA